AUUGCCAUAUAUUUCUCAUAUAAAAGCACCGCUGCUUCGUGUUUUCGUUGCGUUUUAAAAAAAUCUCGAACAAAAUAUGACAAGAAAACAUCGGAUGAAUCGCCGGGCAGGAAAAUCACGGUUUUCAGUGAAAAACUACUGAUAUUUAUCAGAUAUUCGAGAUAUAUGUAUAUUCAAUCGAAACGAGAGAACCAAAUCCCCGAAAAAACGCGUAUCGGAGUAAAUACAAGUUGACUUCUGCUGCAGCUGCCUAAGCGAUGCAAAAUGUGACAGGCGGCAGCAGCAGCAGCAACUGCCACAUCAAAGGUUACACAGCAAUAGCCCCAGCUGAAUACUAAAAAAAAAGGAAACGAGAGUUUAAGGCCAUGAACUAUGCGGCUUAAGCAGUAAAAUGAAAUGUAAUUCAAUUUUAAAUUAGCUAGGACAAGAACCGCAUGUAACUGUAUAUUCGAGACACGAACCGCAAAGCACAAACAUCUUCAAAAGGGCAGCAGCAAUAACAAGAGCAUCACGAAAGUUAAAGAAACCCGUGCGUAAGCCACAACAACAAUUAUAGCUGAAGGCUAAAAAGGCGGAAAUAGAAAAGUGUAAGCAAAGAGGGGAAGACAAAUUUUAAGCAUUGACAGAGCGGGGACAACAACCAAGCGGUUAAGUUAGCGGAUAUAUCAACCAGCUAGGCUUCUUGCAAUUGAAGAGAUUGAAAGGUGCUGCAAAGAAUAGCUCAACGAUCAGGCUGAGGAGAGCGACAGACUGAAACGAAGGCAGCUUGAGGAGGAGGAUCGCCUGGAUAACCGGGAUAACCGAAAUGCCCAGCACGGCGGGCAGUGCAGCGGGCGUUGGGAUGGGCGCCCUGAUCAACAGCGCCGGCAGCAGCGCCAGUAGUGUCAUGGGCAUCGGCAUGGGCAGAGCAGCGGCUACGGGGGCAGGAGCAGGAGCACCGGGUAGUUCGGGAUCUGGAGCAGAGGCAUCUGCCGGCACACUAAUCGCGCAGAGCACGGCGGGAACGAGCGCCGCCAGCAGCGGAACGAUCACCUGGGACAACAAUGGAACCCUGCGAUCGAUCAAUCCCGGCGACUGGUCCAUCGAACAGUGCCUUGGGCCACAUCACCUGUACUUUCAGCUCGGCUGGGCCUUCCUCUUCCUAGCCUUUUUGGCUCCACACGGUCCCUACGGAUCCCUGUGGAUGCGGGCCAUGCUGCUCAUUGGCUGCCUGAUGAUGGGCAUGCAUGGCUACUUGGUGGCCCGUGCACCGGACGUCAUGCUGUGGUCGGGCAUGGGACUUUUUGUCAACUUCAUCUAUCUCGUCGUGGUGCUGUGCCGGCUGAGGCCUGUGAGAUUCGAGCAGGAAAUCGAGGCGGUGUACCUGGCACUUUUCCAGCCGCUGCACGUGACGCGCCACCAGUUCAAGAAGGUGCUCAACUGCAUGAAGGUGAUACGUGCCCUGAAGUACCAGGAGGUCUACGCCCAGGAGAAGGUCACCAAGGUCGACAGCCUGUCGCUGGUGCUGAGCGGCAAAUUGGUGGUGUCGCAGCAUCAGCGCGCCCUGCACAUUGUGUUUCCCCAUCAGUUCCUAGACUCGCCGGAAUGGUUUGGCGUCUCGACCGAUGACUACUUUCAGGUCUCCAUCAUGGCCAUGGAGGAGUCGCGCGUGCUGAUCUGGCAUCGCGACAAGCUCAAACUGUCAAUUAUGGCCGAGCCCUUCUUGCAGACCGUCUUCGAUCACAUUCUCGGCCGGGAUGUGGUCAAGAAGCUGAUGCAGGUCACCCAGGUGAGCGAGUCGAUAGCCAGCAAUGGCUUCCUGCCCUCUGGUGGAUAUGCUGAGGAUGCGGAGGACAAGCCCAUGCUGAUACUCAAGAAGAGUGUGGAUGUGGGACACGGACUGACGGCCCUGAUCAACCGGCAGCUACAGGACGAGCAUGUUCCUUUACUUGGUCGCACGUACAAACAACAACAACAACAACUACUACUGCAACAACAACUAGAACAACAACGCGUACAAGAAGCAACAAUCAGCGCCAACAACAUCGAGCAAAGUGCAAUCUGAAUUUAUGCAAUCGCCCGCUGCUGCUGCUCAACUUGCCACGAACAGAAAUCAGAGCACCCAUCCGUCCCUUUUCACCUUUGACCUGCACAAGAACAACCAGAUAAACAACACCACCCACACAUGCAAACCACCAUCAGUCAUCAGUCAGUCAUCAAUCAUGUGCAGCAACAACAACCACAACAGCAACAACAACAGCAACAUCACGAUCAUCAGAAAAGCAAAAAGAGCUGUCGAAGAAAUCUGGAAGCUAUCCAUCAAAAUCCGCAUCCCGAGUCCCAUAUAUAAUCAUCUCAUAUCUAGUAUAGCAACUAGCACUAGCUAAACAAACAUCUAACACAUCUAAUCGUUCUAAUAGCCAACUUUGUAUUACCCCACUACUGCAAACAAUUAGCCAGAGACUUGAGGUUUUGUUUUAUGUAAACUAAUCGUCUUGGCAAACAUAAACUUUUCGUCCCAGCGGAAAUAUACUUAAACAUCGUGUUGUCACUUAGAAGGCCAUAAGAUUUUACACAAGCUUUUUAAAAAUAUUAACAGCAAUGAGCAGAGUUGUUCAUCAAACAGAGAAAGAAAAAACUAAUAUAUUUGUAUAGUAAGGAAACUAACUAAAAUCUAGGAAACUGGCAACACUGCCUUAAAUACUUUGUAAUUUCACCUGACAACUCUAUUUAGCAGUGUAGACAUCAACAUAACAUGUACCCCUCGUUAAAAAAAACAAGAAAGAUCUUUUUGCUCUAAAACCAUUUAAUUAAAACCGUGCUUAUAUACUAGUAUCCCACGGUAAAAACCAACUAUUUUCAAAAGAAAAUACAAAAACAUGUAGGAAACUCACUAACAACACUAGCAACACUGUUGAAUUCAAUAUGCUCCCUGAAUCCUUCGCAAAAACUAUCGUUAACUGUAGUCAAACCAGUUGUAAGAAUUGUAAUUUAUUUUGACUGAUCAUGGUUGUAUGUUGAGUUGUAGUCAGACAAGACACUUGAUUGCACAUGAAUUAGUUUCAGUUUGAGUGGGUUUUGCGAUUAUGGACGAUCAGAAAGCCAACCAAGGUUUAAAUUUGAAAUUGAUUGAUUGUGGUUUUGAGUUUGAAUCGGAUUUAGUAUUCUUAAAUAUAGAACGCAAUAUACAAAUAUUUUAUAGUAGUAAUUGAUCACGAAUGGAAGAAGGUUUUAAGUACCACUUCGUCGAUCUUCUAAAGCGACUUUACACUCGUGUAAUAAAGGAAACCUUUGUAGACGCAGGCCAUUUUCCAAGAACUUAUGAUGAGUAUUCACCAGCAUAAUGACUGGUAUGCGAACUGGUUUGAUUACAGCUCUUCUUCAGCUUCAAUUACCGAUUCCAGAUCUCAAGAUCGAUCAGUCUAGUGACAGGUGAUAGGUGGGUGAUAGAUGAUAAAUGAACUUUUCCGCUGGGCCAGGAGUUUUCAACGCUUUAUUUGAUUAAAUUGAUUUCUUACCGCUUGGCAUUUACUGGAAAUUUACUGUGCUGGCACAUCCAUCAAGUCUCUAAAUCAAUCCAUUAACACAUUAUUAUUUUUUGUAUUUCUAUAUGCAUACGUAUUUUUCGUUGAUUCGUUGAUUGAUUUGCAUACAAAUUGAGCUUGAAGAAAGCGUGAAAACUAAUUAGAAUUAAUAUCGAAUAAUAUUUGAUAAUGUUAAGCAAUACAUAGCCUAAGUUGUUGUACAUACGCUAUAUAUAUUUGCUGUACAUAAUCCCGAGUACCCGUAAAUCCGAGAACCCCCUAAUCCAAUGCUCCCCCAAGAAAGUGUAAUAAACGUAAUGGAAUCAAUGUGAAUGUAAACAA